AAGCAUCUUGACAAUACACAAAAGCUUAAACAAUAAUCAUCAUGGCUUCUUCUUCUUCUGUUGUGAGACCAACCCCAACGGGGCCUCAAGUGUUCAUCAGCUUCCGCGGAAAAGAUGUGCGCAAAAACUUUGUAAGCUUUCUUGACCCUGCCUUGAGAGAAGCGAAUAUAAACGUCUUCAUAGAUGAGGACGAGUUGUUGGGCGCAGAUUUGGUUAACCUGUUGAAGAGGAUAGAAGAGUCUGAGAUCGCGCUGGUGAUAUUUUCCGAGGAUUUCACAAGUUCACAUUGGUGCUUGGAUGAGCUGGCCAAGAUGAAGGAAUGCAAGGACCAAGGCCGUCUUGUAGUGAUUCCCAUCUUCUACAAAAUUGAACCUUCGGUCGUGAAAUAUCUUAAAGGAAAAUUUGGCGAUAAUUUCAGGGAUAUGAAACGCAAUCAUCUACACCAGCCACUAAGAACACAGAAAUGGGAGGAAGCUUUAGUGUCUAUUCCCGAAACAAAAGGCAUGCCCUUGGCAGAACAGAGUGACAAGACCGAUAAAGACUUCAUAACCUCACUGGUCAUCAAGAUUCAAAAAUUAAUGGAGAAUAUGGCUGUGAGGAGAAGAAACCAAGAAAUAGAAGCGAACCAGGGAGGUUCCAUCGUCCCAGCAAGGAAACCAAAAAGAGAAAUGAAUCCUCAAGGAAGCUCCAUGCUCCCAGUAAGGGUGCCAGAAAGAGAAGCGAGUCAUCAAGGAGGUUCUGUGGUACCUUCCAUGGUCCCUGCAAGGGAGUUAGAAAUCACUCAUUAUGACAAACCUCAAAGAUGGACUUGGAAUACUAUCACGGAGGGACCAGACUCUGCGGAAAUUGAAAUCGCCACGUCGAAUAAAGUUUACUGGCUUAAAAUAGUCGGAACAUUAAGUACGGAGAAUCUAACACCAGGAACAGAGUACGAGGCUGUAUUCGUAGUGAAACUAGAAAAUGAUGCAAGUGGAUGGGAGCUACCGGUGACUCUGAAGCUGAAGGUGGUACAACACGAUGGGGAUGACGAUCGGGUGGAUCGAACAGAGAACUUGAAAGAUUACAUAGGCUGCGACUGGGUGGAUAUUUUGGCCGGAGUAUUUGUGGUUCCGCCGAAAGCUACUCCCGCAACAAUCAUUUUCACUAUGUAUCAGUACGCAGAUGAUUACAAGAAAAAGGGACUCGUCGUCAAAGGUGUUACAAUACGUCCCACGAACUAAUGCGCACAGGCAAAACCGCAAAAGGAUAUAUGAUCUUUGUCGUUGUCUAAUAUUUGUAUUCCAAUAAUGAAACAUGGUCUGUUUUGUACACAAAUGAAUUGUACUUCUUUUGUUUUGUUUGAAAAAAUCUUAUAAAUUUUUAUA